AUGCUUCGUGCCUACGGUUUGAAUAUGCAAGGCCUGGUGUUGCUUUUAGCUGAACGCGAAAGUGUUUAUCGAUUAUUGGCGCAAGCGAAACCAGAUAAUUUACACAAAAAUAUACAAAAAUAUACGAUUGAUCCACGAACACGUUAUGUUAGCCUUGAAAUGACAGUGCAACCGCAUGAAAUAAGUCAUCUGAUCGAUACGGAUAACCCAAGAAAUGUGGAAACAAAUCUGGCUUUACCACUGCGGGCCGCCGAUGCGGCAAGCCGUGUCAGUGAGUCGUACAUGAAAAAGUUAGUGAGUUAUCUUUGA